AAAAAGCCGUUCCAAACUUUCCUCCCCACAAAACAAAAUUUUCUCCUUUUGACCCUACAAUUUUUCUCACAUUUUUUUUUUUCUUUUAAGCAAAACAAGCACAAUGAUCUCUUCGGUGAAGCUCACAGCUUCUUCAUUCACUACCUCAGAAUUCUUGAACAGAAAAUGUUCACUUCCUAGUAAUAAGUCCAAGUUUAAUCCGCUGCCCAUAAUUCAGAAUGCCCAACAAAAUUUCAACUCCAACAAACCCCUUUAUAUUUCUUCCAUCAAGACUUUCUCGCAGGUGGCCAAUGACCAGAAGAAGCGCGUGACCGAGUGCAAGGCCUACGAGGCCGACCGGUCACGGCCCUUGGAGAUCAACAUCGAAUUGCCCGACGAGCAGGCUCGGUUUGAGUCUGCUCAGAGGAUCAAGAUUGGCAUGUAUUUUGCAACUUGGUGGGCUCUCAAUGUGGUCUUCAACAUAUACAACAAGAAGGUUUUGAAUGCUUUUCCUUACCCGUGGCUCACCUCUACGCUCUCCUUAGCCGCCGGGUCUCUCAUGAUGCUCGUUUCCUGGGCCACCAGAAUCGCAGAUCCCCCGAAAACCGAUUUGGAUUUCUGGAAGACCCUUUUCCCGGUGGCUGUGGCACACACAAUUGGGCACGUUGCGGCGACCGUCAGUAUGUCUAAAGUUGCGGUUUCCUUCACGCACAUCAUCAAGAGUGGUGAGCCUGCAUUCAGUGUGUUAGUCUCAAGGUUUCUACUAGGCGAGAUGUUUCCCGCGCCGGUUUACAUGUCGCUCUUGCCCAUCAUCGGCGGCUGCGCACUAGCUGCCGUGACCGAGCUCAACUUCAACAUGAUUGGCUUUAUGGGGGCCAUGAUCUCAAACAUGGCGUUUGUGUUUCGGAACAUCUUCUCAAAGAAAGGGAUGAAAGGGAAAUCCGUUAGCGGGAUGAACUACUACGCUUGCCUGUCGAUGUUGUCUCUAUUGAUUCUCACGCCUUUCGCCAUCGCCGUGGAGGGCCCCAAGGUGUGGGCUGCUGGCUGGAACAAAGCUCUCGCGCAGAUUGGUCCCCACUUCGUUUGGUGGGUUGCGGCGCAAAGUAGUUUCUAUCACUUGUACAAUCAGGUUUCAUACAUGUCGCUUGAUCAGAUAUCUCCAUUGACUUUCAGUAUUGGAAACACGAUGAAGCGGAUAUCGGUCAUCGUCUCAUCGAUCAUCAUCUUCCAUACGCCUGUCCAACCUGUUAAUGCCCUUGGAGCCGCCAUCGCAAUCCUUGGCACCUUCCUCUAUUCGCAGGCCAAGCAGUGAGGAAGUAGAGGACACGUCAAAAGUUAGCAUGUAGCAUACAUAUGGGAAGAGGAAGAUGGAGAUUAUUUAGGAGGUAGAGCUUGGAAGUUUCGGCCGCCAUUUUUGGAUCAACGAUAAACCGAUUUUCGAUUAUGAUUUAUGAUCAUCUGGAUCUUCAUUGAGUUUCUUCUGUACUUUUCGUAUAGCUUUUUAAGUGAUCAAUCCAACACACAUCAAUAACGCCGGGACAUCUCCUCUUUAAUCUUCCGUCGAUAAAUUAUUUUGUACUUGUUAGUUAAUAAGCUAUUGCGUUUCAAGGCAAAA